CGCGGGGACGGAGCAGGCUGCAGACCCGGGGGCGACCGGUAGAUGUUGCCAUUGUGAUGUUUUCGGUUUUCUUUGACAGCUCCCCCUGGGCGACAUGAUUGCCUCCGUCGUAUUGGUUGGCAUUCAAUUGGCACAAGCAGCUGUUAAGUCGUGCAAUGGAUAAUAUUGCUAUUCGUUUUGUACAAGUACUCUUGUUUUCUUCUUUUGUACUCUUCGUUUAGUGGAGGUCCAGCUCAUAACUGCACCUCCAUUCCGGACCGGUAGAGGGCAGUGUCGCGCGUUGCUGUGACGUGGAGAGACGUUUGCGGAAGUACGUCCUCGGGUUCAGAGAUACCUAUUUUGUUGGUCGAGGGUCAUUCUGUAAUACGUGCUUGUAAACUGAUCAACUCUAGUGAGCACAACAAGCAGGGGACGUUAUUCGGGGUGAACAAAGACUAUUAGAAGUGCGUCAAUGUCAGGGAACUUGUGCCCGACUGUUUGAGCCUCUUUUUUGGGACAACUAGCUCGUGCUGUUGGCUCUAAAAGCGACGGGAGAACAGUGUGGACAUGGCCCGACCUCCGCAGGUCCUCUCGCUCAUCUCCCGGCUCGGUGCUCUGUGCGCGAUGCCCUCUGUUUCUAUUAACUGGUGUCGAUGUGCGAGCGGAAGAGCCAGCAGGGCGAGGAUGGGACCGGCUCAUGAGCACAGAGGGUCAGACAGAGCUCCGAGACACGGCCAGGAGAUGUCCGUUCAUGAACUUGGACUGGAGGAUGUAGAAGACAAGCUACAGGCCCUUGCUGAGGAGGAGAGAAAGGGGCAAAGGAAUGUAAAAUAUCACAUACUGAGAAGGCAGAUGACUCCACUAGGAGCUCCACAGAGGAAGCUAACCUGGGAUGCUAUGGAGCAGAUCAGAUAUCUGAAGCAAGAGCAACCAGAUGAGUGGACAGUAGAGCGUCUGGCUGAGGGCUACUCUGUCACCCCUGAUGUCAUCCUGAGAGUGCUCCGGAGCAAGCAUGUCCCCGCUCCUGAUAGAAAAACGAAGCAGGAUGCCAAAGUACUGUCUGGUCUCGGUCAGCAGGCGCUGCGUUCAGGUGCUGGGACAGAAGCGAAUAGGCGGAAGCUGCCUGGAAACCACACAUCAGCUGCACUCCCACCUGGAAGUAGAGAAUGUGCAGUGGUGCCUGUGGCUGACAAGCCAAUGAUGCUCCGAGGUGAAGGAUCCCUGGCAAAGAUUCCUGCCCCUACUGCUCUUCAAGCCACUCAGUUCAGAGCUGGUAGUAAAGUUGUUCCUGUGACCAGAUCAGGAGAAGAGGACAGCGCUUCUAACACAAAUCCUACAGAAGACGACAUAGAGGACGAGGAGAGCUGGGCUGGACAGCUGUUGACGGACAAAGAACUUGAAGAGUUUAUGGAAAUCGAAAAGCCUCACCCUGUGGUGGAAGUUGGCAAUUACUUCUUUGAUGGAGAGGGCAACUUUUUGUAUAGAAUCUGAGGACUUCCUGUGUUGAACUGUUGCCUAACCAUGGGUGAUGUUCAGGGUUGGAAUUAUGACAAUGAUGUAUCGCUCAGGGAAUUUCUAAACGGUUACUAAAUAGGCAAAAUAAAAUACAAAUGUUAUGCAUUUUUCAUCUCUAAUAAAACUACAGUUGUACUUUAAAAAUA